GAUCUUUACCUUUACGAAAUGGGCUGUGUCCCUGUCGGGAUGUAGGGAGAGUAAUUUGCAGUAGAACGGCAAGCAGCAGGUGAGCAGCAAACAAAUAGGAAUUGAACCUUGUGCCUUCUGAUUCCGAGACAGGGUCACUGCACCAAGCACUCACUCCCAGGUGAUUUCUCAAUACCUGUACUGGACGUGAAUUCUUGAUACUUGUACAGGACACGACGCGACAUGGGCUGUGUCCCUGCCAAGACCAUGUGGCCGGACUGGUGCUGCAUGCAGAGGCCGAUGCGGAGGCAGUCCCGGCGGAUGGUCAGCCAACUGACCCGGGUCACCAACUUCAGCGAGGCGGAGGUCAAGCAGUGGUACCACCUGUUCCUCAAAGACUGUCCGGAAGGAGUCUUAAGUGAAGAGAGGUUCGUGACCUUCUUCUGUAACUUCUACAAGAGGGGAGACUAUGAGAAGAAGAAGGCGCUGGCGACUCAGAUCUUCCGCACGUUUGAUCGAGACGGGAGCGGUUCCGUGGACUUCCGGGAGUUUCUCUGCGGCAUGAGCGCGUUGCUGAGGGGGACUACGGCUCAGAGACUCCGCUGGGCCUUCAACAUGUACGACUUGGACAGGAACGGGUCUCUCAGCAGGGACGAACUGCUCAAUGUCUUAAAGAGGCUCCUCUGGGCCUUCAACAUGUACGACUUGGACAGGAACGGGUCACUCAGCAGGGACGAGCUGCUGAAUGUCUUAAAGAGACUCCGCUGGGCCUUCAACAUGUACGACCUGGACAGGAACGGGUCUCUGAGCAGGGACGAGCUGCUCAAUGUCUUAAAGCUGAUGUAUGAACUCCAGCUGACCCGCAGGUUUGAGCCCGAAGACGCGGAGGAGAUCAGGAGGGCGGAGUCCCACCUGGAGACCAUGACUGAGCAGAUUUUUCAGGCACUGGACGAGGACAGAGACGGGCAGCUACAGAUGAGAGAGUUUGUGGAGGGAUUUAAGAGGAACCCCAGCCUCCUCAGACUGAACAGUGUGGACAUUGGCACGUGA